AUGCGACGCGCUGCAUCCAAGAAAACGGGUCAAUCCAAUUCCAACGUCAAUUCCUCCGCCACGGAUCUAUUCCGCUCCGCUUCGAGUAAAGCUAACUCAAAGGAGCUGGAGCGAAUUGAUAGUCUAUUUUAUUCUUAUGCCAAUGGAUCUAGCGGAGUGAUUGACCCAGAAGGAAUUGAAGCACUCUGUGCUGAUAUGGAAAUAGAUCAUACUGAUUUGAGGAUUUUGAUGCUAGCGUGGAAAAUGAAAUCUGAGGAGCAAGGAUAUUUUACCUUGGAUGAGUGGAGGAGAGGCUUAAAAGCACUAAGAGCUGAUACAGUAAGUAAAUUGAAAAAGGCACUUCCAGACCUAGAGAAGGAGGUCAGGAGGCAGUCAAAUUUUUCAGAUUUCUAUUCGUAUGCUUUUCAAUAUUGUCUAACAGAGGAGAAACAGAAAAGCAUUGAUAUAGAGAGCAUAUGUGAAUUACUUACUCUUGUUCUGGGUUCAACAUUUCCAGUUCAAGUCAGCUUAUUUGUGGAAUAUUUGAAGAAUCAAAAUGAUUACAAGGUCGUAAACAUGGACCAGUGGAUGGGUUUUUUCCGGUUUUGCAAUGAGAUAAGUUUUCCGUCGCUCAAUGACUAUGAUCCUGAACUUGCAUGGCCCUUAAUCCUGGAUAAUUUCGUUGAGUGGUUGCGAGAAAAGCACACGUAA